AUGCGUACCGUAAUCCUUCUGGCUGCUCUGGGGCUCUCUGGAACUGUCUGUUCCUCUCCUCUCCGUGUUCGUGACAUUCCUACCCCAGUUGAUGGAGAAACGGCAAGACAAUUCUUAUCAGAGCUCGUAGUUGCCGUCGACUCGAAUGACCCACCGUAUAGUCGCUCUCUAUUCAAGACCUGGGAUUUAAUCUCUGGAAACUGUGAUACACGAGAGACGGUUCUCAUUCGAGACGGCACUAACGUGGUCACCAACAAGGCGUGUGCCUCGGUAUCUGGAAAUUGGGUAUCCCCAUAUGAUGGUGUUCCAACGACGCUUGCCAGCGAUCUCGAUAUUGACCACCUUGUCCCACUGAAAGAGGCAUGGCUCUCAGGAGCCCGAGAUUGGACUCCCGCUCAGCGUGAGGCCUUUGCGAAUGAUCUCGUCCGUCCUCAACUUGUUGCUAUAACUGAUAAUUUGAAUGAUUCUAAAGAUGUCGCCCAUUUUUUGCCUCCUCUUGCGAGUUAUGUUUGCACAUACGUUCGCGCAUGGGUUACUGUCAAGCACUUUUAUAACUUGACGAUGGAUACAGCUGAACAAGCUGCUUUGACGACACAGUUGGCUAAUUGCUAA